AUGCAGGUGGAUCGGAGCUGUGUGGUUUCCAGCGCGUGGUGUGCGUGUCUGCUUUUACUUUUCUCAACUCUAAGCACCAGGGUCACUGAGGUGGGAGGCAACCACCAGAGCAUCCCUCCGUCCGUGGUGAAGCUGUGGGCCUCAGCGUUUGGUGGGGAGAUGAAGUCCAUCUCGGCAAAGUACUCUGGCUCUCAGCUUCUGCAGAAGAAAUACAAGGAGUUUGAGCGGGCGGUGCGGGUGGAGGAGAUUGAUGGGCUGCGGUUGGUUAAGAGGCUGGCAGAGGACAUGGAGGAGAUGUUUCACAAGAAAGCCCAGGCAAUGAAGAGACUGGUGGAGGCGGCAGAGGAAGCCCAUCUACAGCACGAGGAGGAUCCAAACCUACAGUAUGAAUACUUCAAUGCAGUGCUGAUCAAUGAGGUAGAUGAAGAGGGGAAAAGUGUAGAGCUCGGGGGAGAAUUCAUCCUGCAGCCCAAUGACCACUUCAACAACCUGUCAGUCAACCUAAGCCUCAGCGUGGUCCAGGUACCCACCAACAUGUACAACAAAGACUCUGCAAUUGUCAACGGAGUAUACUGGUCAGAGGCCUUGAAUAAAGUGUUUGUGGAUAACUUUGAGAGAGACCCAUCGCUCAUAUGGCAGUACUUUGGCAGUGCCAAAGGCUUUUUCAGGCAGUACCCAGGAAUCAAAUGGAAGCCAGAUGAACACGGGGUCAUAGCUUUUGACUGUCGUAACCGGAAGUGGUACAUCCAGGCUGCCACCUCUCCAAAAGAUGUGGUGAUCCUGGUGGAUGUCAGUGGCAGCAUGAAAGGCCUCAGGCUGACCAUUGCCAGACAGACUGUCUCCUCCAUACUGGACACUCUUGGAGACGACGACUUUUUCAACAUCAUCGCUUACAAUGAGGAAUUACAUUAUGUGGAGCCGUGCCUCAAUGGAACUCUGGUCCAAGCAGACGUCACCAACAAAGAUCAUUUCCGAGAGCAUCUCGACAAGCUGUUUGCCCAAGGCAUUGGUAUGUUAGACAUAGCUCUGACUGAGGCCUUCAAUCUUCUCAGUGACUUCAACGAGACUGGGAGGGGUAGUGAGUGUAGCCAAGCCAUUAUGUUGGUGACAGAUGGGGCAGUGGACACAUAUGAUGCCAUCUUUGCCAAGUAUAACUGGCCAGAGAGGAAGGUCCGCAUAUUCCCUUACCUGAUUGGUCGAGAGUCGGCCUUCGCGGAUAAUCUGAAAUGGAUGGCAUGUGCUAACAAAGGCUACUUCACUCAGAUUUCCACAUUGGCAGAUGUACAAGAGAAUGUGAUGGAGUAUCUCCACGUGCUGAGUCGUCCCAAGGUGAUCGACCGGGAGCACGACACGGUGUGGACCGAGGCCUACAUUGAUAGCACUCUCCCCCAAGCGCAAAAGUUGGAGGACGGGCAAGGUCCAGUUCUGAUGACCACAGUGGCAAUGCCAGUGUUCAGUACCAAGAAUGAGACUAGAAACCGUGGCAUCCUUUUAGGGGUGGUUGGGACAGAUGUGCCCGUCUCUGAGCUGCUCAAGACCAUCCCCAAAUAUAAGCUGGGCAUUCACGGCUACGCCUUUGCAAUCACCAACAACGGCUACAUCCUUACACACCCAGAUCUACGGCCACUUUAUGGGGAUGGCAAGAAGCGAAGGAAGCCGAACUACAGCAGUGUGGAUUUGUCUGAGGUGGAAUGGGAGGAUAAGGACGACACGCUGAGAAAUGCCAUGGUCAACAGGAAGACGGGGACCUUCUCCAUGGAGGUGAAGAAGAGUGUCGACAAAGGGAAACGUGUACUGGUGUUGCAUAAUGAUUACUACUACACAGACAUAAAGGGGACUCCUUUCAGUCUGGGGGUAGCUCUUUCCAGAGGCCAUGGGAAGUUUUUCUUCAGAGGCAAUGUCACAGUGGAGGAAGGGCUUCAUGACUUGGAGCAUCCUGAUGUAGCCCUGGCAGAUGAGUGGACAUACUGCAACACAGAUGAGCACCCAGAGCACCGCUACCUGUCCCAGAUAGAGGCGAUCAAACUCUACCUCAGUGGCCACGAACCCCACCUACAAUGUGACAAGGAGCUGAUUCAGGAGGUGCUCUUUGAUGCAGUGGUGACUGCUCCUUUGGAGGCAUACUGGACCAGCCUUGUUCUCAAUAAAUCUGAGAACUCUGAUAAAGGAGUGGAGAUAGCCUACCUGGGUACAAGAACAGGCCUUUCCAGAAUUAACCUAUUUGUGGUGCCUGACGAGCUUACAAACCAAGACUUCCUGACAGCUGAGGACAAAGAGGGGGUGUUCAACGCCGAUCACUUUCCCCUGUGGUACAAGAGAGCGGCAGAACAAGUUCCUGGUACCUUUGUCUACUCUCUACCUUUCAACACAGGAACAGAAAACAAGAGUGUUGUAUUGGCCAGCACUGCCAUUCAGCUUCUGGAUGAGAGGAAAUCACCCAUAGCUGCGGCUGUGGGCAUCCAGAUGAAACUGGAGUUUUUUCAGAAGAAAUUCUGGACAGCCAGCAGACAGUGUGCAGCAUUAGAUGGGAAAUGCUCCAUAAGCUGUGAUGAUGAGAAUAUUAACUGCUACCUCAUUGACAACAACGGCUUCAUUCUGGUAGCAGAGGACUACAGUCUGACAGGGAAAUUUUUUGGAGAAGCAGAGGGAGCUGUAAUGAGCAAGCUUCUGCAGAUGGGCUCUUUCAAGAGGGUCACUCUGUAUGACUACCAGGCUCUUUGCUGGGUCUUUUCGGAGAGCAGUGACAGUGGACACACACUGUUGGAUCCUUAUUUUGCUUUCUACUCAGCCGUGAAGUGGAUCCUGACCGAGCUUGUCAUAUUCCUGGUCGAGUUCAACUUGUACAGCUGGUGGUACUCUGACCUGACAGCAAAAGCUCAGAGGAUAGGUCGGACCAUGCAGGUUCCAUGUGACACAGAGUACCCUGCUUUUGUCUCAGAGAGAACCAUCAAAGAGAACACGGGCAACAUUGACUGUGAUGGCUGCAUCAAGUCCUUUGUGAUCCAGCAGAUCCCCAGCAGUAAUCUCUUCAUGGUGGUGGUGGACAACAAGUGUGACUGCAGCAUGUUCGAGCCAAUCACCAUGGACCCCAUCGAAAUCAUGUAUAAUGUAUCUCUUAAGUGCGAGAGAUUGAAGAUGCAAAAGGACAGGAGGCGCCCAGAUACCUGUCACCCUUUUCACCCUGAGGAGAACUCAAUGGAGUGUGGAGGGGCUGUGGGUCUUACCCCGUCUCUUGCAGCAACACUGCUCUGCUCCCUACUGGCACUGUUCCCUAGGUGACCAGAGCUAGCCACGCCUCUCCAUCCAGCACUUGACAUGGAUCGGCUUGGCUCAGCAUACAGAAGAAUCGCAACAAUGCCACAGAAAAAAAACACUCCUGCUGCCCCUUAUAAAACUCUGCCCAGUUUCAGCUCACCGCCUACAAAACCCCUAGCCUAGAGGUACACCCCUACAAGACAUAGAUUUGAAAGGAUUGAUAGUGGACAGCUUUUACAGCUGUAGAGAUCAUUAAGGUGCUUUAGCAAUAUCACAUGAGCUACAUGGAGAGGUUUUUAAGGAGAUGCACAGUUUUGAACAUAGCUAACAAUGCACUUAGUAGCUUAAAAACUGCACAAGUUGUCCAGUAAUAACCACUGACACUCAUCACUAUGUUCAGUCCUUUCAGGUAGCAGCUAAGGGCUGGGUUCUGUAGCUGGGCUUGGAACUGGGCAUUAUAGCCACGUAACACCGAUGUGGAAGAAGACAGGCGCACCUUUCCUUGGCCCACUCUGACUUUUCAUGGACAGUAACGAUUCUGAAGAUUAAAAAAAAAUAAUGCUGAAGAUGAAGAUGAUUAAAUGUGGCUGGGGUUGUAAUGAAAUGUUUGUCUAAUGAUCUUUUUUUCAUGUUGAGAACAAAAAAAAAUCUAGUAUAUAUAUAUAUAUAUAAAGAAAAAAAGGUUUAUUUAUGAUUUGCAAGUGGUACCCAUAAACUGUGACUAUGACAUUUUGAGUCCUCU